AUGGGAAGGCCAAUUACUCUUACAGGUAAAAAUGAUCGCAAGACAUAUGACAAAUGGAAAUUGGUCUCAUGUCCAUCCUGUAAAGCAUUGCUAUGGGAUGCUGAAGCAACUCGAGUUCAGACAAACCGAGAUAGCAAGCAUUUCGGUAUUUGUUGUCAGAGAGGUCGUGUGAGACUUCCACCAGUUCGGGAACCACCGUCUCCAUUGUUAGAACUUUUAGAGACGCCGAGUUUCAAGCCCCACAUCAGAGUUGCUAACAGUUUACUUGCUUUCACAUCUAUGGGUGCCAAAAUUGAUAAGAGCGUCACUGGGGCACCUGGACCAUUUACCUUCAGAGUUCAUGGUCAGAUCAUCCAUAGGAUUGGUUCCAUGCUCCCCGAAGAUGGUAACGAUCCAGUGUAUCUGCAGCUAUAUAUCUUUGACACUGAGAAUGAGAUUCAAAACAGAAAGAGGGCGAUCACGGAAGAUUCUUCUUCACAGGCACUUGAUGAUAGUAUCAUCGUCCGCUUGAUUGAGAUGCUAGACAUCCACAACCAUUUAGCAAAGACUUUCAGACACGCACGCGACCGUUACAAAGCCACUGGAUCAAUCGAAUUCAGUAUCACAUUGGUCAGUCAGCCAAACCAAGGUCGUCAAUAUGAUCUUCCUACUGCGAGUGAAAUCGGUGGACUGAUCGUUGGGGACUUAUCUGCAACGUCAGUAGGAAGAGAUAUAGUGGUUGAGCUUAAGUCAUCAGCACUACAGAGGAUAAGUGAUCUUCACCCACUGCUGAUGAGUCUUCAAUAUCCGUUGUUAUUUCCUUAUGGGGAUACCGGUUACAACGAGAGAUUACCAUACUGUGGUCCCGCGGCAUCCACUGUGAGAAGAGAAUACAUGACAAUGCGUGAGUUCUAUGCUUACCAAAUCCAGACUAGGCCUUCAGAAGGAAUGACAAUAAUUAAGGGUGGAAAACUUUUCCAUCAGUAUAUUGUUGACGCGUACGUAGCUACCGAGACAGAAAGGCUGCGGUUUAUUAGUCUGAAUCAGAAGAAACUGAGAGCAGAUCUAUAUAAUAACGUAUGCGACGCAGUUGACAUAGGCGAUGCAGAUGCGACGCAGCUUGGAGAAAAAGUCAUCCUGCCUUCGUCCUUCACUGCUAGCCCUCGGUAUAUGUCUGAAAAAUAUCAAGACGCCAUGGCUAUCUGUAGGUGGUAUGGAAAUCCUCACCUGUUUAUCACUGUCACCGCAAAUCCAAAUUGGGUGGAGCUCACCAAUCAUCUUGAUGCAUAUGGGGGUGAUUCCCCUAAUAGUCGACCUGAUCUGGAGUGUCGGAUUUUCAAACUUAAGCUUGAUGAAAUGAUGGCAGAUUUUAAAAAGGGAGUAUACUUCCCGAAACCAGACGCAGCUGUCUACACAAUCGAAUUCCAAAAGCGAGGUUUGCCACAUGCCCAUAUCUUAUUGUGGUUAAAAGGGAUAAAAAAAGAAGUUACAGCUGCGAUGAUUGACGAAUACAUCUCAGCAGAGUUUCCCGAUAGAGAAGUUGAUUUAGAAGGUUUUGAACUGGUUGAGCGUCAUAUGAUCCAUGGUCCGUGUGGCAGGAUGCGCCCCACGUCACCGUGCAUGGACAAGGGAGAGUGCACAAAGAACUUCCCUAAACCUUUAUCUGAGCAUACAAGAAUUGACAAAUCUGGGUUCAUCGUUUAUAGAAGGAGGUCUGAUACUACGUCUUUUGUCGUUAAGAACGACAUACAGGUGGACAAUCGAUUUAUUGUGCCUCAUAACCUUAGCCUGCUGAAAAAAUAUCAGGCACAUAUAAACGUUGAGUGGUGCUGCAGAACUAGCGCAAUCAAAUAUUUGUUCAAGUAUAUCACUAAAGGCGUUGAUCGAGCAACUGCUCUUCUAGAGAAAAAUGAUCCAGCUGCCAAUGUCGAAGGGGGUAAAAAGAAGAAAAUCGAUAUGCUUAAUGAGAUCGACCGGUUCUUGGAGUGUCGUUAUAUCUCAGCUUGUGAAGGUUCAUGGAGGCUGUUUGCAUUUCCUAUUCACUAUAAUCAGCCUAAUGUUGUGAAACUCCCAGUACAUCUACCAGGGCAGCAUAUGAUGGUCUUUGACGAGGGCGAUGAUUUAGCAGAGGUGGUUUUGCGUGAAAAUACAGAUAAGACGAUGCUGACGGCAUUUUUUGAGGCGUGCAACAUAUAUGAAGAAGCGAGAGAGUUGACAUAUGUUGAGUUUCCUUCACGGUUUGUUUACCAUUCGUCCAGUAAAGAAUGGACGCCUAGGCAGCAAGGCGAAGCUAUUGGCAGAGUCGUGUAUAUCAGUCCAGCAUCUGGUGAUUCAUACUUCUUGAGGAUUCUGUUAAAUGUUGUGAGGGGUCCUAGAGGAUAUGAUGAUUUAUAUACUGUUGGUGAUCUGGUCUUUAAAAAGUUUAAGCAAGCGUGUUAUGCACGAGGUUUACUUGAUGAUGAUAGGGAGUGGCAUGAAGCAAUAGAGGAACCAUCCUUAUGGGCUACUGGUCGACAGCUGAGAAAGUUAUUUGUGCUUAUCCUGGUAUACUGUCAGGUUAUACACCCACUUAAGCUAUGGGAUCAUACCUGGAGGUUAUUAGCUGAGGACAUACUUUACUUGAAAAGAAAAGAAUUUCGGUUCCCAUCUCUUGACUUACAAGAUGAGCAGUUGAAGCAGUAUACUCUACUUGAAGUGGAAAAGCACUUGAAAGAACAUAAUCUGUCACUAGCAGACUACGAUGAUAUGCCUCAGCCAGAUAAAUCCAUUUUAUCAGAGAUAGACAACCCAGAUUUGCGGCAGGAACUGAUCUAUGAUGUUAGGAAAGAGGCUGAGACUCAUGCACAGUUGUUUAGCGCAUUGAAUCAGGACCAGCGGAAUGUAUAUGAUGCUGUUUUGAAGUCAGUCAAAGAACAUUAUGGAGAAUUGAUCUUUGUAUACGGUGCAGGAGGGACUGGUAAGACGUACCUAUACAGAACAAUUAUCGCUCUGCUUAGGUCGACUAGCAAAAUAGUUAUACCAGUUGCCACUGCUGGUAUUGCUGCACUUCUUCUUCCAGGCGGGAGGACUGCACACUCAAGGUUUAAGUUGCCACUGAACCUAGAUGAUCGUUCGAUGUGUGAGAUUCACAAAGGGUCCAGUCUAGCUGCGUUGAUAUCUAAGGCGGACCUAAUAAUAUGGGAUGAGGCUCCGAUGGCACACAGGCACGCGUUUGAAACACUAGACCGUUCUCUCAGAGAUUUGUUGUCACAUGAUAACCCGUUGGCUGCGACCAAGCCUUUCGGUGGCAAGACGGUGCUUCUCGGCGGUGAUUUUAGACAGAUAUUGCCUGUAAUUCCACGUGGAAAAAGACCAGACACUGUGCUCGCAUCCAUUAGCAAAUCUUAUCUUUGGAAAAUGGCACGAGUGUUCACACUUUCCAUAAACAUGAGGCUGAGACAAGAAGAUAAAGAUUUUGCGAAAUGGAUAUUGGAAGUAGGAGAUGGGGAAGCUGACACGUUGGCUUCUUAUAAAUCAAAGCAUGAGGAAGGUAAUCAAAUUUAUGUGGACAAAGGCUUCUUGAUACCUAGCUCAAACGCUCCCCAUGAGGCAUUGGCAGAUGCUGCAUAUCCUAACUUCCUCCAGAACUAUCGAAGCAAUGAGUAUAUUAAAGAGAGAGCUGUUUUGACCCCUACGAAUAAUACUGUACAUGAGGUAAACGCUUAUCUCCUCUCCAAGGUCCCAUCGCAGGCUAGAGAAUACUUAAGUUCUGAUUCCAUUGAAUUAGAAGCCACACCGGAAGACGACUGGACCAGCCAUUACCCUCAAGAGUAUCUAAAUUCUCUAGAGUUUCCUGGCCUGCCCAACCACAGAUUGUGUUUGAAAGUUGGAGCUCCUGUGAUGAUGCUACGCAACCUUAACCAGGAUAAGGGUUUGUGUAAUGGUACAAGAAUGAUGGUCAGUCGACUAGGUAACAGAAUUGUCGCAGCAGAAAUCAUGACUGGGACAGAUGUUGGAGAAGAGGUUUUGAUUCCUAGGAUACAGCUGAGUCCCACCGACACGAUCCAUCCUUUCGUUUUUCGUCGACGCCAGUUCCCAAUCAGGCUAUGUUACGCCAUGACAAUAAACAAGAGCCAAGGCCAGAGCUUGAGACAAGUUGCUUUAUACCUUCCUCGACCUGUUUUUACUCACGGACAGUUGUACGUUGCCAUGUCUAGAGUGACAACUCCAUCUGGUCUGAAGAUAUUAGACGAGACUUCGGACAAAGACGGUGAAGAUGGAGUUACCAAUAUCGUAUACAAGGAAAUCUUCAGGGAUGUCCGAGUGACUCAGGUUAUAACUUAA